AUGGAGCAGAAGGGCCAGAUACGAGUAGCUAUCGUCGGUUCAGGAAUGGCAGGUCUCGUCACAGCGUAUCUGCUGAACCGAGAUGUUCAGUCACGAUAUGCCGUUACGCUCUUCGAGGCGGCAAGUGGCGAUGUACUGUCUCUUGACUCUGCCUCACUCACCGUUCCGAACCCCUCUCAGGGCUGCUCCGACCGUGUCGAUCUCCCUAUGCGAGCAUUUGCCGGCGGCUUCUAUAACAACUUGAGAGCGAUGUACGACUACCUCGGCGUGGGGUAUCAUGCCCAGCCGUUCCUGUUCAACUUCUCGAAAGUUGCCGCACAAGAUACCGGAUCAAUACCGAAAGAGAAGGGAUCCUCAUACUUCGUUCAUUCCUCCAACAAUCAUCGCAUAUCGCCGGUACGGCCAGAGGGCAUAAGAACAGCCGCGUGGCUGAUGGAGAUAUUAUACUUGCUCGUGUGCUACACGUGGUUCACUGCUUGCUGCUUCUUUGUGGUGCCCCGAUCUGCGGAUGAGAAAGAGUUCUGCGAGACGCUCGAUGAAUACCUGCAUAGAAUUAGACUUCCUCGGUACUUCGUGACAUACUAUCUACUCCCAUUGAUUUCUAGCGUCACUACCUGUCCCCACGAAGCUCUUUUGUCCUUUCCAGCUGCCGAUGUGACGGAUUACAAAAAGAGGACGCAUGGGGCGCAGCACUACACUGUCUCCAACGGUGUUCGAGAAGUUCAGCGGAAGCUUGCAGAAGGAAUCGACACAAGGCUGUCAGCAAUGGUGUUGGCCGUGGAAACACAGCCCCUUGCGGUCAGAGUUUGCUGGAGGCACACGGAAGAUACCUAUGGUCUGACAGUAUGCGAGGAAUUAUUCGAUAGAGUAAUCCUGGCAGUAUCCCCAGAUGUUGUGGGGAAGGUCUUCAGGUCAUUGCAAUAUGAGAUGGCACAGAUACCAACGGUGUCAGUCGAGAGCAUCAUUCAUACCGACAACAACAAUCUCGGCGAGCGACUGGGUCGGCUUGGAGGGCAGAACAUAGCCGCGACAAACAGCCACGUCAAACACACUGCAGCCCAUACAAUACAACUUUGGACUUCAACGGAGAGGAUCCACCGUACCGAGUCCAUUCACGUGCAGCCAUCUGGUGUCCUAGUCACUACUUGUCCCUUCAGCUACAUAGAUCCAGUUCAUGUCAUUAAAGCUUCGAAAUUCACACGCGUGUUACGCACACCUCAAAGCAGACGCAUCGUCAACAACAUCUUUGGCAACUGCUAUCCAAUCGGAGCAGCCUAUGGCGAGAAGCGGCGGCCUGGGUGGAAGAAUGGAGACGGAAUGGUCUGGCUCGUUGGCGGCUGGUGUUGGGACGGCUUGGUAUUAUUGGAAGGAUGCACUGUGUCUGCAAUGAGGGUCGCAGAAGCCUUCGACGUUCAGGUUCCCUGGCAGGACCCGGGCUUUGAGACAGCCUAUAACGAUCGAUGA